UGCUCUCAGACCUGCAAGCGGAUCAACAUACUGACUCGAAAUUCACAGUUGUGGAUUCACAUUCAUCGCCGUGAUAUUGCGGCACCAUACAUUACUCUUCCCACGUACCGUAAAUCGGUAUCCGCCAUGUCUGGCUCCGAGAUGGAAGUACUUGUCCUGCAUGCCCUCCGGCUGGUCAACAGUCUAUAUCGACCGCGCUCGUCUGGCGAGAACACACCGAAAGCUAUUUCUAUCCCUCUUCACCAACCACGCUCCGUAACCUGGGUUAAGCUCAUCCAAGGCCGGCUCCUCAUCGUGGCCUCAUCAGACGCGCAUCAAAGCACUCUUGCUCUCUGGUCCAUCCCCCUGUUGUUUGAGAACGGACAUAUCGUGGCGUGCUGGAUCUGCAAGGCGACAACGCAGUGUUUGCCCUCGAGCUCCGAUCCAGGUGAGGCGCAAUAUUGGCAGACUGUCACCGUCCAUGAGUGGUCGAUAUCAUCUCUAGCGUGCCCUCUAUCCAAAUAGUGUGCCUGCGCUACACGUAUCAAUCAGCCCCGACGUUUUGUCUGAAAGCGAGACUAGAAGGUGCAGCUGUCCUCCGAAGCCUUCGUGGACACUUGGUCGGGUUUGGGCUCUAUAACGAGCUGAGCGUACCGUGCGUCUG